AUGUGCGAGAAGACAGAGCACCACAUCUACGAAGGUGGAGAGGUAACCUUCCUCCUCCAAGAGGAGCCCGCCGGCGAAUCGUCUACUACAUCAACCCUCGCACCAGCCAUCAAAGCCGAACCUGAUAAUUCCGAUACCCUCGCCAUGCAACUCUCCAGCGUCGCCAUCUCCGAGUGCCCACCCCGGAAGAAAACCAAGUACUCCCAUACUACCCAGGAGCAGGCCACUGCUGACCAGCACUCGAAACCCCGUCCGCAUCCCCAUCCCCAUCCCCAGACCAAAGACCACCACCACCACCUCAAACACAAACAACCCACCCCCACCCCAACCCCGCAACCCACAGUCCACAAAAUUCACGCCUGCAAAACCCACUUAGCAAGCGCAUCCCCCUUCUUCUCCCGCAUGUUCACCCACCCCAACUUCACCGAAGGCCAAACCCUCACCGAAACCGGCCACCUGACCCUAACCGUCGAAUGGCCCCUGGCCCCCUUCCUCCUCCUCAUGCGGAUCAUCCACCACCAAACCCACCCGUGGCCCGACAAGAUCGACUUCCAGACCCUAGUCGACCUCACCAUCAUGGCCGACUACUACGGGUGCGUGCACGUCGUCAAGUUCUACGUGGGCGGGUGGCUGGACCGGCUGGAGCGCCGGCUGCCCCGCUGCUACUCCGAGGAGGUGGUGGUGAAGUGGAUCUUCGUGGCCUGGGUGUACGGCCGCCAGAACGUGCUGCGGUGCUGCACGCGCAUGGCGAUCGAGAAUGCCACCGACGAGGUCCGGGCAAAUGUGUAUCAGUUGCGGGUUUGUGAGAUGAUUAUUAAGAGUAUCAACCGCUGGCGCUGUAGGGCUAUCUUCCGCGUGCGGGAGGCGGUGAAGCACAUGAGGAGGGAGUUUAUUAAGGAUGCGCGCGACGAGCACUUUGAUAGGAAUGCUAGACGGCUUGGGGCGUUGGAAAUUAAUUGCCAUAGGGGCAAGAUUCGGUUGAGGGAGGAGUUUGAGGAUGAGGACGAGGAUGAGAAGGCAAAGCCGUAUGUCGGAGAAAGCUAUCGCGGGCUGAUUAAGAAGAUCGAUGGGUGGAGGAAUCCCAAGGGGUACGAUCUUAAGGCGGCGUUGGAUCUGCUCAUUGUGAUUCAGGGGGUUACUUGGAAGGUGAUCAGGGAGUAUCCUUAUGCUAGGGUUGAGUAA